GUAGCCCCGUAGCCUAUGCCGUCGAUUUGACGCAGAUGGAUAAAUUGCCCUUUAGAGGUAAACACUCACGCAGGAAGUGAAGACCGUCCGGCAGGUCCAUCAGAAGAAACCCAUCAUCAUGCUCCUGACUGGUGGGAGUGAGUCUUCACCUGCUCACUGUAACCAGAUCUGGUCCUGAUCUUUGCUGGUUUCACUUUCCUGCAUGUUCUGUCAGUGAGCACUUCCUGUUACUGGCACAGAACCAGAGAACCACUGAUGGUCUUCUGAGAACAGCGGAAAAGACAAAUUAGAACAAACAACAAUAAUAAUGUCAUUCUAUUAGACAUAACUGAAUCCAUAUCAUCCAGCACAGGGUUCUGUCUGACCUGUGUUCAGGUAUCUCCAGCAGGUGGAGCUGUUUCUGCUAAGAGCAGCUACGUCACAGCUUCCAGGUGGGAAACAGGAAACGGGACCUUGGAGGGGCAGGUUUGUCUGGAUCCGGCUGAGAGGUCGUCUUCUACGAGGACAGGAACUUCCAGGGUCGUUCCUACGAGUGCAGCGGCGACUUUGCUGACAUGUCAUCCUACCUGAGCAGGUGUCACUCUUGCAGGGUGGAGAGAGGCUGUUUCAUGGUCUACGACCGCCCCAACUUCAUGGGCAACCAGUACUUCCUGAGGAGGGGCGAGUACUCCGACUACAUGAGCAUGAUGGGAAUGAACGAGUGCAUCAGGUCCUGCCGCAUGAUCCCCAUGCACCGCGGGUCCUACAGGAUGAGGAUCUACGAGAAGGAGAACUUCGGAGGCCAGAUGUACGAGAUGAUGGACGACUGCGACAACAUCAUGGACCGUUACCGCAUGUCCAACUGCAUGUCGUGUCACGUGAUGGACGGACACUGGCUGAUGUACGAGCAGCCCCAUUACAGAGGCAGGAUGAUGUACAUGAGGCCUGGAGAGUACAGGAACUUCAUGAGCGUGGGCAUGGGCAACAUGAGGUUCAUGAGCAUGAGGCGCAUCAUGGACUCUUACUACUAGAGUCACCAUGGAAACACUGA